GCGAAAUCUCGUCAAUUUUCCUAUUAUUAUAUAUUUGAAGACCUCAUCAUACUCCUACCUCCUCUUCGUACCUCACUAGUGUCUCGCUUUUAUCACUGUUCAAAAUGACUAACAGACCUAGAUUUAUCAAUGAGCAACUACAGGAUUUCUUCCGCCGCAUUUCACUGCCAAGGAGCGAAUGGUACAAUACUAUUGUAGAUCACGGUGGCAAUAGUCAACUUGCCUACCUACAAACUCUUCAAAAGCAUACACUAGUUCGUAUUCCGUUUGAGAACAUCACGCAGCACUACUCUUGGCACAGGACCAUAAAUGUACGACCGCAACACUUAUUCAACAAGAUCGUGCCUCAGCCGAGUAAUCGAGGAGGAUACUGCAUGGAGGUCAACUCGUUGUUCCAUACCGUCCUUCUAAGUCUAGGAUACAUGGUCUACAUGGCUGGCGCUCGCGUUUACAGCAAGGAGACGAGAAAAUAUGGUGGGUUUUCACAUUGCGUCAAUAUCGUGAUGAUCGAUGGGAAGAAGUAUAUGGUCGACGUGGGGUUUGGUGCAAACGGGCCCACCUUCCCAGUUCCUCUUUUACACAAUGAGCCACAGAAACAUAUGUCGACUGGCACUACCAUGAUCCGGAUCAUGAAUGAGCCCAUCCCGCAAGCCGUCGACCAGUCCCAAAAGGUAUGGGUAUACCAGCAGCUCAACGAGACGGAUUUCGAAUGGGCUCCCCGGUUCUGCUUCGUCGAGUUCGAAUUCUUGCUCGAGGAUAUCCGCGGCUUGAACCUGAAUCCUUGGAAGAGCCCCACAUCGUGGUUUACACAGAAGGUGAUCGUGUCACGAUUCACGACUAACAUGGAGAAUGAAGAGACCGAGGCAGCAAAAUUGGCGUGGGAUGAUCCGAAAGCAGUGGAUGAGGGCACAAUUAAUGGGGAUCUAGUUCUUUUUCAUGAUACAUUGAAGUGGAGGCGAGAUGGAAAAACUAAGUUGGAGGUCCAGUUUGAGAACGAGAAACAGAGGAUUGAUGCGAUAUGGAAGUAUUUUGGUAUUGAGUUAGAUGAAGAGGAUCGGCUGGCUAUUCUUGGUACCGUCAGCCAGAUUAAAUGAAUAAGUGAAAUCUUAGAUUAGGAUUCCAUCAUGAGGCACAAUGAAAGUGUCAUAUAACCUAAGUACCUGGCUUCCAC